AUUAAAAAAUCCAAAAAGAAGAAGAGGAAGAAAGAACAAACCAGACACAUUCGAACCUCUUCCCCAGCUGCCUUUAAUCCAUAAAAAAGAUCACAUUUUUUUACUUGUCAACGCACAUCCCCACCCCUCCACCAACGCGGCGGCGACACUACACAGAGCUUCAUUAUCCUCUCCAGACUAACUGAAGGAAGUGGAAUAAAAGUUGUAUCUUUGAGAGGAUGCUACAACUAUUGGCUGGUGACCCUUCUGCCCAAAGUUAUUGGUUGAAUUGGAAGGCUUUUCUCUGUGAAACCUGGGUACUUUCAUCCAUAGUUAUAUCAUUAGUCUUGAUAUGGAAGAACGAAUGUUUAGAUAGAGACAGUUCCGGCUCCGAUGGAGGGGUGAAGUGGCGAGACAAAUCCUGGCAUUACUGGUUUGAUGAGUCUUGGAGGCCAUGUAUUAAAGAAAUACAUCCAGUUCUUUUGAUGGUUUUCCGGUUAGUUGCUUUUGUUUUACUGCUAGCAGCACUUACGGCUGAUGUUAUCGUUCAUGGCUUUGACCUGUUUCUCUAUUACACUCAGUGGACAUUUAUGUUGGUAACAAUUUACUUUCUGUUUGGAUCACUGCUUUCUAUAUAUGGAUGCUACUGGUGUUAUAAACCAACCAACAACUUCAAUGAUUUUAUAUUGAUGGAUGAGGAGAACAAUUUGCAAAUGGCUCUCUCUCAUACACAAUAUCUGCAAGGAGUGAAUACAGGGGACAACCUUGUCUUACAACGGAAACUUUUCGUUCCCAAAAGUAUGGGUCUUUUUGGUUACGUAUUUCAAAUUUUAUUUCAGAUAACUGCUGGAUCAGUGAUGCUCACUGACUGUUUGUACUGGACCGUCAUUUUCCCAUUCCUUUCUAUCAAAGAUUAUGACUUGAGUUUUUUGACAGUGGUUGCACAUUCUCUGAAUGCUAUCCUGCUUUUAGGUGAUAUAACAAUGAACUCCUUGCAAACCCGUUGGUUCCGGAUUUCAUAUUUUCUCUUGUGGACUAGUGUUUAUGUCAUCUUCCAAUGGAUUGUUCAUGCAUGUGUAUCAACCUGGUGGCCGUACCCAUUUCUUGACAUGUCUUUACGAAUUGCUCCCUUGUGGUACUUGGUGGUGGCUUUAAUGCAUAUCCCCUGCUAUGGGAUAGUAGUAUUACUGAUUAAAUUGAAGAGAAGUGUAUUGUUCAAAUGGUUCCCUGAAUCAUGUUGCUUCCUUUAAUGAGAUCUUUAACCCGAGCCUGUUUCAUGUCAAAAUGCUGGUUCAUUUGGUUUGUUGUAUAACGAGGGUUUCCAAAGUUAGAGAGUUAAUCAAGUCAUUAUUGAUUGUGAUUGCAACUUGCAAGAUGUUGCUCUUUUCCGUUGGCCCCUAGUUUUUCAAUCGUUUUUGUAAUGUAGAAUUAUGCAAGGGAAUUUGAAUAAAUUUCAGUAUAUAUAAUUCUAUAGGUUUUAUGAGUUAAACUAUGUCCAUCUUUCUUUCCCA